GAUUGGGAAACGAUAAAAUACUUUUACAUACACUACAAAACAAAUACAACGAAACCCGUUUCUGAUUCAGCGAAUUAACAAGUUGUUUAAAACAAAAAACCUUCUGUGACUGCUUCAUGUGGCCUGAAAGAUGGCACGACUGUUCACGUGACAAUGACCAGAGUCACGUGACAGCAAAAGUUCAAUCUAAAGACAGCUGUUGUGAACCGGACAACACGGUGAGUCCGACGUUGUUCCACCAGGGAGAAUGUCUUCACUGCCACUUGCUCUGCUUGUAACCGUUAUUUACGUCACAGCUCAGGCGAUUGCCUCUACAGGACGCAACAAAUGUGUUGCCAGAAACUUUGGAUUUGACUCGGUGGUGUGUGAGUGUAAUGCCACUCAGUGUGAUGAUAUUGGCUCGGCCGCCCUGCCCAGUCUGGGCAAGUUCUCCUCCUACCUGAGCAGCAUGUCAGGCAGCAGACUGGAACCACAGCUGGGUCGAAUCCAGGGGAACAGCAGCGGCACAGGCCUCAGACUGACCAUCAGUCGUGAGCAGAAGUACCAGAAGAUCAGGGGAUUUGGUGGAGCUAUGACUGAUGCAGCGGCCAUCAACAUCCUGUCUCUCUCUGCUGGCACGCAGGAGCAGCUGCUGAGACAGUACUUCUCCAGUGAAGGUAUCGGCUACACCUUUGUACGUGUCCCCAUGGCCAGCUGUGACUUCUCCACCCGACUGUACACGUACGCUGACACGCCUGGAGACUACGACCUGGACCACUUCUCUCUGGCCCAGGAGGACGUCAACAUGAAGAUCCCUCUCCUGCAGCGGGCUCAGGCUUUGUCUCCUCGCCCUCUGUCUCUACUGGCCAGUGCGUGGAGCGCCCCCUCCUGGAUGAAGACCAACGGUGCACUCAUAGGAAAAGGCUCUCUGUUAGGCCAGCCUGGUGGAAAGGAGCACAAAGCCUGGGCUCAGUACUACGUCAGGUUCCUGGAGGAGUACGCUAAACAUAACCUGACUUUCUGGGCCGUGACCACGGGGAAUGAACCCUCUGCAGGACGAAUUUCGAACUACAGUUUUCAGGCUCUGGGCUUCACCCCAGAGGAGCAGCGGGACUGGGUGGCUUUGGACCUGGGCCCUGCCUUACAUUCGUCACCGUACCCAAACACACACGUCCUGAUUCUGGACGACAACCGUCUGCUGCUGUCACACUGGGCUAAAGUGGUGAGUCUAGGUCAAAGGUCAUUGGGAAAGAUCACAGCGUUACUGUACCUGAGGCCAGACUUUCUGUCGGUCCAGAAUCUCUCUACUAAACUUUCGAUGUUUGCUCAAUGGCAGGACUUGAACCAUCACGUGAGCGGCUGGAUCGACUGGAACCUGGCCCUAGACCAGACCGGUGGGCCGAAUUGGGUCAAAAACUUUGUGGACAGCCCCGUCAUUGUGGACAAACAUCGUGACGUCUUCUACAAGCAGCCCACUUUCUACAGCAUGGCCCAUUUCAGCAAGUUCCUGUGGGAGGGGUCUCAGAGAGUGGGGGUCUCUGCCAGUCAGGACACAGAGCUGAAGUACACUGCCUUUGUUCGGCCAGAUAACUCAGUGAUUCUCAUCAUUCUUAACAGGUCGUCAGCAGAGGUGCCGUUCGAAGUCUGGGAUCCAGAGGUGGGCCACAUCACCUCCACCGCUCCAGCUCGGUCUUUCCUUACACUUGGGUGGAACACGGACUGAGUUCAGGUACAAAGUGGUUUCAAUCCACGGGCCGCUUCAUAAAACUGCAUUUCAGGGAGUUUUUGUUUUUUUAUCGUUUUACUUCGACCACUGUAUUUACCUAAACUAAUUUUUCAGUUAAAUUAUUGUUUUAUUUAAGUUUUUUUUUUGUGCCCAGAAUCCUGUCAGACAUUUCCAGGGUUUUUAUUAUGGAUGGAUUAUUCAUUAAAAAUUGUAAUGAAUAAUAAUGAUUUACUGUGAGUAAAUGAUUAGUUGUGAUUAAUCAAAAAAUAAACAACAUUCCUAAAUGACAAAAAAAUAAAUAUACUCUAUAUAUUGUU